AGAGAGAGAGAGAGAGAGAGAGAGACCAGAGCCAGAGCAAGCUGGUUGUCAUGGGGGAGGGACGAUGCUACAAGCUAGGCUUCUCCAAACCUUCUGUAUGUAUGCAACGAGAAAGAGCAUCUUCUUUGGGGCUGAAAGGAGACAUUUAGAGAGGAUGUGUCUGAUUUUUGUCUCCAUUUAUUUUUGUCUUCACAGAACAUGAUCAAAUGAGGUACCUUAGCCAGCUUGGUGACUGCUUCGGGUCUUGUAAUCAUCUGUGUAGCAAAGUGGGUAAAAUCAUUCAAUUUCUUCCCUGCUGGACCUGGAAGGAGAGGGGCUGUGCGCUCAUCCCCACCCAUUAGCUAUGCCCUCUUUUCUCCGAAUGUCGAUUUAAGGAAGCAAGCAGCUGUCUUCUGCCACUGCAUCUUCCUAGCAAACUUUAAAGGGCAUUUUAUCCGAUAGAAAGAACAUCGAAAAUGCUCUGGUCUCUAGUGAUGAAGAAUCUUGGAUUCAACACUUUUCCCAUCCAGAUAUAAUGCACUUUAAUUGAAGAAAAGCUGAACUGACCUACAAGUCUGUUUCUUAUGGUGCUGGAUUACUCCUACCGAACUGCCCCGAGACCAGCCCUGAGAGAGGGCUCUGACAGACCCAAGUCACCUCCUGACUAUUGCACUUAGCUUUCCCUGGGGACUUAAUUUUUGGAAGCAUCCCGUUUCCAUGAUACCCUCCAAGAUGAUGAGUGCUAAUCCUGAAGAAGACCCUUUGGACACUUUUCUCCAGUAUAUUGAGGACAUGGGGAUGAAGGCAUAUGACGGUCUGGUUAUUCAAAACGCAUCCGACAUUGCUCGCGAGAAUGAUCGCUUGAGAAAUGAAACAAAUCUGGCUUACCUGAAAGAGAAGAAUGAGAAACGGCGAAGACAGGAAGAAACAAUCAAACGCAUAGGGGGAGAAGUAGGGCGAAGCCAGGACUCCAGCUACGCAGGCAAGCACUUCCGCAUGGGGUUCAUGACGAUGCCUGCCCCUCAGGACAGACUGCCGCAUCCCUGCUCCAGUGGAUUCACCGUGAGGUCUCAGUCCCUGCACUCUGUCGGGGGCACUGAGGAUGACAGCAGCUGUGGAUCCCGGAGACAGCCACCUCCCAAGCCCAAGCGAGACCCCAGCACCAAGCUUAGCACCUCAUCGGAGACAGUCAACAGCGCUGCAGUCAGUAAAAGUGGGAGACCUCUGGAGAGGGCGGAAGGUAAACUCGCGGUGCCCACUUCCCAGUCAUCUCCAAGGGCGUCAGCCUCUGGGAACCUGUUUCCUUCUGCUGGGUCCCAGGAAAGAGACAUCAAGGUGUCUGCCAAGCCAAGACCCCACAGUGACGAAUACUCGAAGAAAAUCCCCCCUCCAAAACCAAAACGGAACCCUAACACUCAGCUUAGUACGUCAUUCGAUGAAACCUACAUCAAAAAGCAUGUGCCAAGGAGAACCUCGCUCCCAAGAGAUUCAUCCCUGUCCCAGGUCUGCAGCCCUGCAGCAGACCCUGAGGAAGAGGAACCGGUGUACAUCGAGAUGGUUGGUAACAUUCUUAGAGACUUCAGAAAGGAGGACGAUGACCAGAGUGAGGCUGUGUACGAGGAGAUGAAAUACCCCAUUUUCGAUGACCUAGGCCAUGAUUCCAAAUGUGACUUUGAUCAUCACAGCUGUUCUUCGCAGUGUGCUACUCCCACGGUGCCUGACCUGGACUUCAUCAAGUCUUCAGGACCAUGUACUCCGAAGGGUCUGCUUUGUGAGAUACCCCCACCCUUCCCCAACUUGCUUUCUCACAGACCACCCCUGCUGGUGUUCCCGCCAGCCCCGGUACACUGCUCCCCCAAUUCCGAUGAGUCUCCGCUGACCCCUCUGGAAGUCACAAAGCUUCCUGUGUUGGAAAACGUGUCUUACAUGAAACAGCCACCUGGAGCCUGUCCACCCUCCCUGCCAUCGCACACCUCCAGCCACGCUAAAGACCAGAGCGGAGCCCUAGGCCCUGUGCCUGCGUCCUCUGUGCUCUCUUCAUCCCCUCCACCUCCAUCCACUUUGUACAGAACCCAGUCUCCUCAUGGCUAUCCAAAAAGUCAUUCCACCUCCCCAUCCCCCGUCAGCAUGGGGAGGUCCCUGACGCCCUUGAGUCUCAAGAGGCCUCCCCCUUAUGAUGCUGUGCAUUCCGGCAGCCUCUCAAGAAGUUCUCCCUCAGUGCCUCACUCGACCCCUAGACCAGUGUCGCAAGAUGGGGCCAAGAUGGUCAAUGCCGCGGUGAACACUUACAGCGCUUCUGUGCAGAGUGGCUCCAGGUCCCGGACACCCACCAGUCCUUUGGAGGAGCUCACCAGCCUUUUUACCUCAGGGCGGAGCCUGCUGAGGAAGUCAUCCAGCGGCCGAAGGUCCAAAGAGCCUGCAGAGAAAUCCACUGAGGAGCUGAAAGUCCGAAGCCACAGCACGGAGCCAUUACCAAAGUUGGACAGCAAAGAGAGAGGUCAUCACGGAGGAGCAGCUUCCUCCAGAGAGCCAAUGAAAGCUCAAGAAUGGGACGGAACCCCAGGUCCACCUGUGGUCACCAGCAGAAUGGGCAGAUGCUCUGUGAGCCCCACCUUGUUGGCAGGAAACCACAGUUCAGAACCUAAAGUAAGCUGCAAGCUAGGCCGGUCUGCGUCCACAUCAGGGGUUCCUCCUCCUUCGGUUGCUCCUCUCAGACAAGCCAGUGACCUACCACAGAGCCAGGUACCAUCAUCGUUAGCCAAUCGUGAUUGACUUCCUGUGGUGCAACAUACCAAAUGCUUCCCACCUGUCUGUCCUGUGUUGCUGUAGACACCGUUUGCACUUGCUUUGAUUUCUCUCUGUGUGUAUGGGGAGGGGAAGGGUUCAGCAUCUGUGUUUUCAUCCCCAAGAGAAUGUCUUUCUUCUUUUGUGAUUGGUGAAAGUUUCUUUGCUGUUUGUUACUGAAUCGUUUUGUCUCUGAUUUCCAUCAUUCUGAAUUAUAAAUGUAGUAAAUGUGCACUAUAUGUAUGGGCAUAGUGGCUACUUUAAAAAAAAAUUCGUUCUCUUUUCCAUGUUCUGUGUACUUUUAUACUGUCUUUGAAAAUUUAUCAACAUUUGAUAAAUUUAUCUACUUCUUGUGUAAAUUUCUUUUUAAAUGUUUUGUCCAUAAUAUUUGCACAGAUGUUGUUAAUGAAUCUGUACAUAUAUUUUAACUCUGAUUCUACUAUACUGUAAUAUUUGUGGUAAUUUACUCAGAUUUUUAUUUAGCUUCAAGCAUGAUUGUAAGACAAUGUCAAUACUGAUGUUCUUAUAAAUAUUCAUAUAACUAUUGACUCCUUUGGAUUGAAUGUGGCAACAAGUCUUUCUUCAUUCUUAGCCCAUAGAGACAAAUUAGCCAACCAAAUAACUUCAAUAUUUACCAACAGCUGUAGAUUAAUAGGACAACCUUUCAAAUAAAUGGCAUUUCUAUCUUCAACCAACCAUAUUAGAAAUGUUCUCAGAAAAGGGAAUGUAAGUGUCUUUGCAUGGCAAAUGAGAUCUUCAUUAUCACUUGGAGAAAAGAGAUAAGAAAUAAAGGCAUAAGCUAAAAUACCAUUUAUUCCUUUAUAGUAUAAUAUGUCAUUCUGGUGUUCAUUUGGGUGAAUGGCUGUGAAUGGGAGUUUAGGAAAAGGACAAUCACUACAUAUAAAUAUUGUUUUGUAACUCAACCAAUAGGAAACCAAUACCUUAACUGGUGAGCUUUGGUUGUUUUUGCUGUGAGGUAUUAUGGAUAUUAAGCAGGACAACACCAUGUUGGAGUAGUAGUUCUGCUUCCUAGCUCUUGUAUUUGCAUUCAUGGUACUCUGGCGAAACAAGACAUUAUAAAACUAAUAAGAUCUUCUAGGAAACUGUCCAGCACUGAUCAUCAAAUUGCUCAUUCAUCAAAUAUGUUAAAUGUCAGUAUCUUUUAAAAUCAUUUUGUGCUUCUUAAUAUUUUUGUCUGACUAAACUAUGCACAUUAUUUAAUUUAUGAAUAUAUGAAUAUCUACAAACACUUGUCUCUCUCAGGUGCAUCUCAAGUAUCAUUUAUGAUUUCUUGUGUCUUAAUUUAAACCACUAAAGGCCUUUGUAAUUAAAUAUAUCCAUUUUAACUACUCUAAGGGUUGUAGGAUAUGUGGGGAGGGGACACUUGCCUCUGAGUCACAGUGACAGAAAGGACCACUUCUCUACUGUCUCUUAAACAUUGAAAAGCUAUUAAAGACGUGAUAUGCAGAUUAGUCUCUUUUAACACAGUUAGGAAACUCUCUGUAGCCCAAUUGUCUGGUUAUGUGUGGCGUAUGGUUAUUUGUCUGAUUGUGUGCUUAUGGAACCAGAAGAAUGACCAAAAGAGAGUAGGUAUUUCAGCAGCCAAAGCUGACCUCCUACUGGACCUCAAGCUUCCCCACAGCAGGAAUUCCUCUGGGCCAUGCAGGAGAUUUGGCCUACAGUAUCUGUCAUUCAUGUUAGUAUACCUUGAAGUUAGCCCAGCAUGUAUUUCUAAAUACAGAAAAGCCCAAAUAGGGAACAUGGAAAAGAGUCACAAAGAUCAUUACAUGUUAUGAUGAAGUUGCAUUAGCAUAAUGCAAGUAGGAAAAUUCCCAUUAUCUUACAUGUGCUCUCAAUAGUUCUGUCUGAUUGAUUUAGAAAAAUGUGAGGCUUUAGUUUUCUGCAGAGCUCUCUAUUCUGUUUAAUUAAUGUCAGAGUUAAAUGAAGGAAAGAUUACCUUUAAAUGGCAGCUGGAUCUUGAAAUGUUGGAAUUAUUUAAUUUCUACAUUCCUGCAAGGAACUCAAAUGGCAGGGAUUCUGAUUACAUUUUAUAAACGACUAUGUCAUAGGAUAUUUACAAUUUAAAUAUUGCAUGGUCAUUAAAUUUGAAUGCUUUAAGUAAAAGAUAUUUAGAGGCCACUUUUUGAGUCCAGCACUCUUAUAACCCGCAUCUCAGAAAUCCAUUACUGGGAAGAAUAAAACAACAAACUCAUGCCGGUCCCCAAGAGUCUGCCAUCUAUCCCUUCCAGGUGUGCAACAGAGUAAUGUCAUUUAGAACCUCACCUAAGAAGACUUAAACUCUUUGGGUGGCAAUUAGGUCAAAGGACUCUGGAGUGUCUGCUAGCUGGCCCAGCAGUCCUCCAUGUCUGGAUGUGUCCUUUAUACCUUUAUUGUCAGAAGUCAAAGCUGUCAAUAGAAGUAACCAGGAAAAAUUAUAAAGUAACCAGAGAAUAUAUAUAUAUAUAUAUGUAUAUGUAUAUGUAUGUAUGUAUUAUUACAGGAGGAUCCAAGGUGAAGUUUGCACAGUGACAAUCCCAUGCCAUUCACUGUCAUAUCUGCUUCUUGUGUACAGGACUCACGCAGACAUGUGCAAAGCGUUCCUGUAUUGUGCAACAUUAGAUGGGUACUCUUACUAUCCCACAUGGCAACUGAGAGUGCUAGGAUGAGGUGGCUACCACAGCCUUCCCAGAGGUUUUUCUUUGUAUGUUUUCUUAUGGGUUCCUAGAGCCUAUGCUAGAUCUGAAAUACUCAAAUAUGUCACACAUUUUUUUCUGAGCCUGUUUUCUUAUCUGUAAAGUAUUGGAAGUAUUAGUUGAUUAGUAGUAUUGUUGAGAAUCAAUGUGAUUUCAUAUAUAUGUAUAUGUAUACAUAUAUGCAUAUACACAUAUACACACACCACACACACACACACACACACACACACACACACAUAUAUAUAUAUAUAUAUAUAUAUAUAUAUAUAUAUAUAUAUAUAUAUGAAAAAGCCUAGGUAGAUAGUAACUGCUAGAAAAAUAUUAAUUCUUUCUCUUCUUCCCUUAUAUAAUUUAACUCUCCCAAUAAUCUAAUUUUCCUACUUGCUGGAAAACUCUAAGGGAAUACUUGUGACCAGUGGUAUUACAAAGGAGGUGGAUGCUGAUGGUUUGUUUGCUUCACUCCAGUAUUACCAGCCACAGUAAUAGAACAGUGAGAAAUUAGACACUCAGAAUUUACUAGACAGUAGUGACUUUGUCUUGUCCUGUACUUAGAUGUGGUUUGGUUGCAAAGUAUGCAAAAAUUAACCAUAGGUGUAAUUUCAGUUCAUCUGUCAUAUAAAAUUUAUUAUCCUAUUUGAAUUAAAUGAUAACUGAAUGCAAUGGAAAUACUAUAGCUAUAUAGGAUACUAUCAUCCCAUCAAACAAUGCAGAAACACGGGGCACAUUUUUGCUAAGGUCAGAAUUGACCUUAAGAUUUACCCCUCCACUGUUUCAAAUACCUUGUUCCUAUUAAAAAACAUCAUGCACAUUGUAGAAUUCAUAUGUAAAAACUGAAAUGAAUGCGGCUUCAACAGGCCUGCUCAUAUGGCUUGGAGCAAGUCAACAAAUUAGUGGAUACAAGGCUCCCCCUAGCAACUGAAAUGCAUACUACAACCUGCACUUCAAAGGGGGCUUAUAUUAGAGACUUACUGUCUUGUUUUUAAAUACACCUUUUGGGAGGGGGAAAAUAAGGAGUCACAUCCAAUGCCCCAGAGUGCUGAGCAUCUUUAUGAAUAGAUGAAGCUUAUUUUGUGGGGAUUUAUGAUAUCUUCCAUUCAUUCUUUAUCCAAACUGAGUCUCAAGAAAAAAGGUUACUCUUCAUCCACAGAUGGAAAUUGAAUACAGGGGGGAAAACAACUUAAUUCAACAAAUGGAAGAAUAUCUUCUUGAAUUUUUUUCUGCCACCAAUGUCUUUGAAAUGAGUAGCCUAUGAGUCCUUCCUAAAAAGAAGUUCUUUCUAUCUGGUGGGUAAGUUUGCCUCCAACUUAGAUGACCAGUGGAGUAUGAGGAAAUGCUUGUACAUUAAUACCAGCUCACAGCCCCACUGCACUUAUUUUACUGGCUUUCAAUUUUCCUAAUUCUGUGACCCUUUAAUUCAGUUCCUCAUGUUGUGAUGACCCCAACUGUAAAAUUACUUCAUUGCUACUUCAUAACUGUAAUUUUGCUACUGUUAUGAAUCGUAAUGUAAAUAUUUGAUAUGUGACUCCCCCCAAGGGGCUGUGACCCACAGGUUGAGAACCACUGAUUUAUUUGAAUAAUAAAUACAGUCACGCAGAGCAUGCCUCUCUGUAGAGACAGUAGAGAUCUUUAGUUGUCUUCCUCUAUUUUAUGCUGCAUAUGAGUAUUACCCCUCAGGCUGAAGCACCACUCUGACUGAAGCAGGUAUCUCAAACAUUUGUGUUCUUCCUGCAACUGCCACCAUUCUCAGACCUCUGUAUAGCAUAUUCGUAUCGUAAAAUAUCAGUACUUUGUACUCUUAUGCCCAUUAAGCAGACAUAGUAUUUCUAUUAGUGGGAAAGCUGAAGCUAGAGUGUCACUGUCAGUUCAACUUCUGAGACUAGUUACACACUGCCAAGGUGUAAGCCCAGGUCAUUCCAUUAAAGCCAGGCCCUACCCACAGCUGCCUUCUUUCUACUUCCUUUCUCAGGUGUUCUUCACGUUCUUGUUUGCUCACCUGCUUAUUACAAAUGCAGAUGUUCUUAGUCUUGCCAUUAGUGUUCAUCACUAUUACGUGAAGACUGCUUGGGAGAGACUGAAUUUCACCAAGACCUCAACCAAGUAGGGUCCUAUCUAUGACUUAGAAUCCCCAAGAGUGAAAUGAGGUUGUCAGUGUGACCCUUCUUUGGGAAAUGACUCUCAAUUCCCCUUGGUUUCCCACUCUUGUGUUCUCCACUGGAAGAAUUCAGAAGAGACACAAAGAGCAGAGUGCAAAGGAUAGAAUUUGUUGUAGAAGAAAGGGAUGAAAGUGUAUGAUGUAUAUGAUGGCUGAAGUGACCAUUGCUUCUGGUUAUAUUUUAGGCUGGCGUAUUAGUUACUCUUCUAUUGCAGUGAUAAAAUACCAUAAUCAAGGCAACUUAUAGAAAGAAGGGCUUAUUUGGGCUUAUGGUUCUAGAGGGAUAAGAGUCCAUUUUGGCAAGGAAGCAUGGCAACCAGUAGCCAGUUAGAUGAGGAUGCUGAGUGCUCACAUAUUGAACUAUAAGCAAGAAGAAGAGAGAAUGAACUAGGAAUGAUGUGAGGUUGACUUCUCAAAGUCUGUUCCCAGUGUCAUACUUAUGUCAGCAGGGCCAUGCCUACUAAGCCUCCCCAAACAGUGCCACCAACUGGGGACUCAACCUUCAAAUGUCUGAGACUCUGGGUGCUAUUGCAUUCAAACCACUACAGCUGACUUUAUACAACCCCUAAAGUCUCUAGAACAUGCAGCUUUUCUUUGGGGGUAUUUUACUGUCCAAGUAGCUGGUAGACCCUUUUAAACUGACUCUUAUGAAGGGGGAUCAUGAUGUACUUGAAAUCAGAAAUCCAUUGGCUAGAGAGCAAUCAUGUAAGAUUUUUGAUAGUUACCUGCUAAUAAACUUUCUAGUGGUUCAAAUGUCACACCUCCUUUCCAGGGUCAGAGAUAAGAUUCAAAUCCCAUUCUGUUGAGCAAUAAUCAGAGUCCUAUAGUUUUAGACCUUAGUUUUAUAAGCUGCUGAUUAUAAGGAUGGCAUCCAUCCCCAGUGAUCUCCAAGUCUGCUGACACAUGAACUACUUGACAGCAAAAGAGAGCCAGGUGUCACAUAUUGUUCGUAACAUUCUCGUGUGGAGUGUAGACUAGUGUUAAGAGAAACUGCUGACCGUGUUGAAAGGAUGCCUCAGUGCUCCUCCAAGUCGAUGUGACCAUUCAGAGUGUGUGCAUGGUCUGUGAGCAUGCAUAAAUGUGCAUGUGCUGGUAUGGGUGUGCAUAAGUAUACAUGCCUAUGUAUGUGAGUGUGCAUGCCUCUGAACAUUAGGCCUUGAGCACACCAAACACAUUGCAUAUUCAGAAAACAAUGUGCAUUCUCCUCUCAUAUCUGGACCUGAAAGUAUCAGCUGCAGGAGUGUGGGUGUAGUUUUAGCCAACCGCACACAACAGAUAUUAAUGGAUUCACCAAGGGUUACCUGACUUCUGGAUUUCUUCAGCAAUCCCAUAAACAGACACUUUAAAGGGGAAAAAUAACCAUACUGUCAGUUCAAAGCAUUUGUUUUUGUGAAGCAAAGACUGCAUUAGAGCUGGUUAAUAAUCCCUGGUUGUCAGCUAUUUUGACAGGGAAGGUAUUUGGUAUUUGAAAUGCUGCAUUUAAUGGCUCUGUUCCUAGAAAAUGAGGAAGUCAUUUGAAGGACCAAAGAGUGUCAAGAGUAAUCCUACCUGACACCAUCAACUUUGCAUAUGAAAGGAAAAGAAGCUUUCCAGAGAAGCCCAGGGAGCCAAAGUUGCUUAUCUUUCAAGUGCACUCUGGGUAGAUCCCCAAUCUGUGCCAUUUACCAAGAGAAGCCUAAAUAAUGAAACAGGAGGCCCUUGGAGAGUCCAGACAGUCACACACCACCUUGGUGUUACCAUGCCUGUGAAAUCCCCAAGUGUUUUGAUUUCUGAAUUCUUACAAAAUAAGAUAAUGGAUUUGAAAGCACAUCUUAGACUGGAAUGUUGGAAAGUAGCAAUGUUCUUUGUCUGUCAUUCAUUUGUUCAUCAUGUGGCUCCUUUGAUCAUUUUGUCUGAGCACAGAAAUGCAGAGAAUGGUUUCUUACUUCUUAGCACAGGCAUGCAUCAAGAGAACCAGACACACAUUGGGCAGGAGAUCAGAAGAGGGAUGAACCACAGCACCAGUUUUGUGCUUUGAAUUUCUUUCUCUUGAAUCCAGAUGUAUUUUGGAAGACAGCUGUGUCUCUAGUCCAUUUCUUCCACUCUAAUUUCUAUCCUAGAUCUAUUUUUCACACCUCUAAAGGAGUGAUUACAUGUGAUAUGCAUGCUUCUCUGUGUGACAUUCUGUAGAGUUGCCCAUUGCCUACAGUGCAGAAGAUAUACUCCUCGAAGGAUUUCAAGACCUCAGUCGGUGAGUUGGUCCUGGUCUUGUUCAGCUAAAUUAUCUACCCCUUAUUCAUACCCUUUCACUGCUCCUUGGGCCCACUGCACAAUUUCUAUUAGACAAUCUUUUUUCACUUUUUAGUAUCCCAGGGUGUUUAUAAAGCCUGCACAGGCUUCACUUCUAGGAACCUUCUCCUAGUGCUGACAUGAGUAACAAUUCUACUUCUGGUCAGAGUCAAGUGCAAUCUGCCGUCUAGGAAGCUGUUCCUACUAUCCCAAGCAUGUUUUCCUUCUUUUCUUCAUGAUCAUAAAUGACCUUGUAGUGAACAUUGGCUGAGGAUAUUACUUUAGAUCAUGGACCUGUCCUUUGAAGAGGCUUGUCACUCUAAGAGACCAGAUACUGAAGCCUGAAGAAAGCAGGUCACUCUCACCUCUCUGUCUGUCUAUCUGUCUGUCUGUCUCUGUAUCUCCUUCCCUCUCUCCCUCCCUCCUUCCCUUUCUCUGUGAAGUGGAGUAAAGAAGCCAUACUGUUUUUAAUUGAUGGCUCCUCCAUGCUUUCUAUAAGAUACAUUAUGUUGAACUAAGUAGUGUGAUGCCUUCUCCAAAGACUGUGUCAGAUGUUUUCUUUUGUUUGAGAGGAUGUCUCUGAAGAGUCCCUCUUCUGUUCUCGAACAAACCCAUAUCUAUCAUCAUGCCUGUGAUGGCUGUGGCUCUUCCUCUUACUUAAGUGAUCCCUGCUAAUGAAGUUCCUCUCCAACUUUCAAAGAGAAGCGCUCACACACACACCACCUUUCCCUUCCAGGACCCACUUCUAUUGUCUCUGAUAAAAUAUACUCUUCCUUUUUAAUGCUUUCCACCUCAAGGCCUAGCCAUGGCUCUUAUAUUCUUGGAAUAGUUCCUCUUUUACCAAAAGGUAACUGUGUCAGUUCCUUUCUCAAAAAAGAGCCCUAUUACUCAUAAUACAUGUGACCUCUGUUCUGUGUUCACCCAAACAAGGAGCAUGGGAAAUUUUUGCUGAAUUUCUAAAUGUACAGACAUAUGUCAGGUAUUUUGUGGGUGAGGAGAGAGAGAGAGAUAUCCCAUUUCUCUACUAUAGUAGCAAUUUCAUUUUUCCGUAAUGCCAUUUUCAAACUUCAGAGAUGCAGUAGCCUUAAGUAUUUGCAUUAGAUUGCAGUUUCCUUUACAGUGGGAAUAUGUAUUUUCACAUUAGAAAGUUCUGGUUGUCUUAGUAUGCAGUAAAGGAGCGAUUCAUGAUGAAAGUACAACAGAUAAGCCUUCGACAUGCUGUGAUAAUGAUUGGUAGAAGCACGGGGACUCCCGACAGUGGUUCUCAUAUUUCUCAAAUAUCCUCCAUCAGCUAUUAAAUGGAGGAGUUCAUUUGCUUUCUGAGGGUGACCAAGAAAAGUCAGAGAGAUAAUAGAAAUGCAAUGCCCACUGAGAGAGGUAACACAAUAUUGCAACUCAGAGAGGAAAGAAACCCCCAUCAAACUCUUUCUUGAACACAAAGUUUAGUUUUAAUCAGCUUUGUCAACAAAAGGAGCUAGCAUAUCACUGAUGACAUUAGAGGAAGACCGUGCUGUACUUAAGUGAUGCUAAGAUGUGUUGGGGGCAGAACAUUAACUUUGAUAGAGAGUAAAUGAAAGUGUAUGAAAACCUGUACAGUCCCAGAGAACAGAGUGGAGUGGGGACUUUCCCACAAAUUAUUCAGUACAAGAUAUUAUCUUAAAAAAAAAAAAAAGAAUAGGUUUAUUGAAGCUGCACUGUUUCUCUUUCCUGCUCUCUCCCUCACUCCCAUCCCCAUCCCCCCUUUAAUGACUCCGCCUUAUAGGACGGGUGCCAUGGCACAGGGAUACUUGCUUCUGCAUUAGUUACACGCUUGUAGAAUUUUUAAGAAUACCUCUGCAGCCAAAUUUAAAGAAAAAAAAAGUUCAAAAACAGUGAAAUUUCACAGGGACAGACAGUUGUUGGCGGUGAUACUACACUGACCUGAUUGUAAUCGGGUUCAGUUUGUGCCAUCAGUGACUCACCGAGAGGCCAUGCUAACCAACACCCAGAAGGGGGCAGCACUUUAUUUGCGUACCACCCCACUUCCCCCCACCCCAGCCCCACCUCCCCCGACUCCGCCCCAAGCAAGUAUGAACUGCCCAGGUUCCAGCAUGAGUGACAGGUUUCAAUUCCCCUCUCAGAAAUGGGGUUGCGGAGUGAGGUCCAGAAGGUGGAGUAGAAGGAGCCCUAUGCCUCACCUUUACUUCUCCUCCUUUCCCUCAGCUGCACUCAGGCAGGUCAGGCGGGUGGCUGGCUGCAAGACCCUGGAGCAUGCUGCUGAGACCCUCGGAGCUGAGUAGUGCUCUGGCAGUCUUGUGUGGCACAGACAGGAAACCAGCAGCUGGAAUCUCUUCGAAAGUGCAGCAGAGAGUAAAGGAAUUCAAGGCCAUUUUAAAUUUUGUCCUCAUUCUAAACUCCUGUGCUCUAAAACGCCUUCACUUUUAUGCAAAAUUAUCCACUUCCUGUGUCACCUGUCUCCUGUUUAGCCUGGCUUCCUGCAUGCCACUGACUAAGGCUUGCUAACUAACGUGUGUAGCUGCCGUGACAUUUCGCAGUAAUGCUCAGUAGUAUGUUAGACUUCACAAAUGGCUUUCAUACAUCCAGUCAACAGAUCCUCAUUGCUCAGCUGCUGCCACCAUAUGGUCUGGUAGGUAUUGUAGCUUGCAAAACGGUUGAUCCAAUUUCUUAUAUUUAGAGGAAUUUCAGCCUAAUAAAGAGACCAGUUGUGUGUGUGUGUGUGUGUGUGUGUGUGUGUGUGUGUGUGUGUGUGUGUGUACAUGUGUGUGCACUCACAGCUCAGUAUAAUUAAGAAGAGAGUACACAGAGGACAGGCAGAUUCAUUGCCCACUGUUAGAGAUGUCACUGAAGGUGGUCAAGUGCAGCUUUAUAGAAGGAGGAAGUGGCAUUUGCUGGACUCUUUUAACAAGAGAGGGAACAAGGUCACUGCAGCCGACAUCAGGUUUGCAAAGGAGUGAAGAUCUAUGAGCUGUGUAACUGGUCAGUGCAGCUCCAGCAAGCCACUGGCAUGGAGGGAGUUACAGAUGCUGAAGAGGAAAGACAGGAAAACUCAUGAGGGGAUGAAGAACAAAUGUCUAAGCUCCGAAAACCAAGGGGCCAUCCCAGUAGUCAUUGUUUCUCCAGCUUGUGAAUGAAGCAACUGGCCUGAUUAGGAUGUUCAGCAGCUACUUGCCAAGAGCUGCUUCCUUAGAAUUCAACAGCUCAUUCCUUUGCGCAUAAUCCUUAAGGAUUCGAUGACAAGAUGAUUAUAGGAGACUUAAACAAUUAACAUGAGUAAAGGGCGAACUGUUAGCCCACAAGAACCCCCAACGGGUGGACUUCCUAAGAUCAUUCAUCUGCUUGCUUCACUUUUUAAAAAAAUGUUAGCAAUCUAGGGAAAUAUGAAUACUAAUGAACAGACUCACAUUCUUUUCAUUAUAAUCCAUCUCUGAAUAUUCCAAUGUGUCAAGAAUAUCUUUUUAAACCCUUCCACUAACCUAAAAAAAAAAAAAAAAAUCAAGUAACCCAUAAGGAUUCAAUUCUGUGGUCUAAUUGGAGCUUAUUUUCAAAUCUCAAAAUGGCCAAUCCCAAAAGCCUUUCAAGUAUCGAGAAUCAAAUCUUCAAAUCUUGGUAUGGGAACUAGUUUGAGUUCCAUAGAUUCCCUUGCUCUUUUCGUAAAAAUGGAUUUUUUUUUAUGACAACCAUGACUGUCCUGCAAAUCUAUGGUCUAUCAGAUGAAGCAAUUAAGUAGCAGCAGGUAAAACAAAAUCCCAUGUUCACAAAGCAUGUGACAGAAGGUUGGGGACUGGACCUCGUCCCUCCUCAGUCCAGGUGCAACGUUCUAGGGCUGCGGGGAUCCCUAAAGUCUGUUCCACCAGAGUUCUGGAGCAAAUGCCUUUUGCAAAUUUCCUAUGCAGCUAAUCACCACUAGAGGGCGAGAGAGGACCUUCAAAGUUAACAUGACUGCCUUUGCUUGAACUAGAAAUCAUUUAACAGUCACAUGUUUAUUGCAAUUUAAGGGUUACACACCAACACUCAUGCACGCGAGCAUGCGCGCGCGCGCGCGCGCGCACACACACACACACACACACACACACACACACACACACAC